CCUCGUGUUUCAGAAACGCGAUUUCGCAUUAAUCCAAACCGUAAUACCUCUCUCUCUCUCCCCUUCUGAGGAAACGCCUCACCAGUCACCGGGACCAGAUUCGUGACCAAAACCCUAGCCAGGUGACUGGGUCCACUGAUUCGACCCACCGUCGCAACCAAAGCGGUGAGAUCGUGGCCACGGCGGCGGCGGUGACGAAGAAACCCAGAUUUCGAUUUCAUCCAUCUGAGAAAGCAGAGGAUUUAGAGAGGAAAUGAGUGGUGAUGAUGCUUAAUAAGUUCUAUAGGCGCUGCUUCUCCUAUGCUUCUCCUCAACCAUGGCUCUUUGUGGGCUUGGGCAACCCCAGCGAUAAGUACAAAGGAACAAGGCACAAUGCAGGGUUUGAGAUGAUUGAUGCAUUUGCUGCGUCGCAAGGGAUUCCAAUGGAUACUGUUCACUGCAAAGCUAUUUUUGGGAAAGGUUUUGUUGAUGAUGUUCCUGUUUUCCUAGCAAAGCCCCAAACUUAUAUGAAUUUGAGCGGUGAAUCUAGUGGCCCACUUGCAGCUUAUUACAAGCUACCUCUUAAUCGAGUGCUUGUGUUCCAUGAUGACAUGGAUUUACCAUGUGGGGUGCUGCGGCUUCACGACAAAGGAGGUCAUGCAAGCCAUAAUGGGCUGAAGAGUGUGAUCUAUCAUUUUCGCGGGAAUCGAGAGUUUCCUCGUCUUAGAAUUGGUAUUGGGAGGCCUCCCGGUCAAAUGGAUCCCAAAGCAUUCUUGCUUCAAAAGUUCAACGCAACAGCUCGAGGACGGAUUGAUGCUGCUUUGGAAGAGGGGGUUGGUGCUUUGAAACAGCUUAUGUCCAAAGGCUUGACAGAGACUGCAAGAAGCUUCAACACAGUGCAAAAGUACAAGCACAUAAGGCUCCAAACGCUGCCGUCGUGAGGCGUAUAUAUUGAACCAAUUUUGUUCGAGUUAAAAGGCGUAUUACCAUUGAUUAUUAGCCUCUUUAAACUGUCUGAUCAUAUGUGCUGUGCUGUAUUCUCCAAAUACUCAUGAAAGGGGGAAAUGAAUCAUCUCUCUCUUCCCCCCAUGCGUAUGGAUUCGUUAAGUUAGUUAAUUUGUUGCAUACAAUUGGCUGCACCUUGUAGCGCGAUGGCAUGAUCAGUGUGCAAUUUAGCCCGGGCGAUAUACCUGAAGGGUUUCUCUUCAAUUUUUCAAAACCAAAUGUCGAUGAACUAUUCAUGGUCUUAUUUCU